AUGCAACAAUUAUCACCAACACCAAUAAUAAAAACUAUGCAAAUGAAAGAAGUAUCUAUACCAGAAAGAAGAAGAAGAAAAUUAGCUAUAUGCUCAUUACCAGUUCGUAUUACUUGUGAGAUAUUAUUAGUACUCUUAGUUUUCGUACCAUUAUUCAUUUUCUUAUUAACAUGGCCUGAUGCGAAAACUUUUAUUCAUGGUAAAGUUCUUUCAAAAACACGUCUUCAACCAUUAUCGGAUGGCCUUGAAGUUUGGUCGAAUCCACCAGUUAAAACUGUACGUGGAUAUCGUUUAUUUGAUGUAACAAAUUAUAUGGAUAUAAUGACUAACAAAAGUGAUCCACAAUUAGAAAUUCGUGAAACAAUACCAAUGAAUUACCGAGUUUCCAUAAAAAAGAAUAAUGUUGAGUGGUUAGACGAUAACAAAAAAAUUCAUUAUUCCGUUGAACGUUUUUUUACACGUGAUGGAGAAUUUAAUGAAACAAUACUUAAUCAAGAAGGUGCUUUUCUUGACAUUCUUCGUGUGAUGUUUCGAACAAAAUUUGAACGUGUUGCUGAUCCAGUUUUUUAUAUGCUUGGUGGAAAUAAUGCUUUUAAUUACUCACGAGCUGUUGAUAAAUUAGAAGGAUAUAUUGCACCGAUAUUUGCAGCUAUAUCAUCAAGAAUGCAAGGACCAAAUAAAGAUAAAUACGGAUUUAUUUAUCGAUAUAAUGGAACUAAUGGAUUUAAUUACACAAUAAAUACUGGUAUUGAUGAUUCAUCAAGAAAAGGUCAAGUCAUUGAUUUUGAAUCAGAAUACACACCAUAUAAAACAAAAGCUGCAGAAUGGGGAACAGAAUUUUUUGAUAGUUUAACCUUUCCAACUCUUGGUAAUCCACCAAAUCGAAAAGCAAUUAAUGUAUUUCAACCAGAUUUUUGCCGGCCAGUACAACUUCGAUAUAAUCGCACAGUAUCUAUGUUUGGUAUUGAUGAAGUACAUGAAUAUGUUCUUAAAUUAGUUGAUUUCGAAAAAUGCCCCGAAAUGGAUGAAAAUUGUCCAGAAGCUGAUAAACUUGAUAUUACCAAAUGUCUAUCUGCUGAAAUUCCUGAAGAAACUGUUUUUCUAACAAAACCACAUAUGUAUGGUCAUAAUUCAUCAUCAACUAAUGUUGCAUUUACACCUGAUUUUGAUAAACAUGAAUCAACAAUUUAUUUUGAACCAAUCUCUGGUACACCACUUAAAGCUCAAUUACGUAUUCAAUUGAAUGCUAAUGCUUGGAUUGAUCGUAUUAAAGUUGAUGAACAUGGUGCAACCGAACCAACUAAAACUCGUGCUAUUCGUCGUUUUAUUCCAAUGAUGUGGAUUGAUCAAACUAUCACACUCAAUGACGCAACAUUGAAUAAUUUAAAACGUGUUAAUAAUAUUCUUCAAAAAGGUCACAGUGCUCAUCAAUCACUUAAAUUAGUUUAUAUUUUUGUGGCAUUAAUCUCAUGUGUGGCUAUCAUUGUUGUUGUCGAAUUAUUCUUCUGGAGACGACAACGAAAAGUGAGCCGGAGAUCAUUGUACCAUUACAACGAUCAGGAGAAGUCGUUGUUGAAUCACACACUAACAACGUCACCGACGACAGCAUAA